UAUCCGGGAACGACAUGAAAUAAGGCUGGUCUGCAGUACGGGCAACGAUAGAAAAUACGAAACCAAUGAUUCCCAUAUGUCCAGUAGUGUCCUUCACCUAUGUGCCCAGCCGGCUCGGUGAAGAUGCCAAAAUGGCUACCGGCAAUUACUUUGGAUUUACCCACGGCGCUGCUGCCCAAUAUAGUCAGCAGCCAUCAGCUGGGGUAGCCUACACUCAUCCCACCACAGUGGCCAGUUACACAGUUCAUCAAGCUCCUGUGGCGGCUCACACUGUGGCAGCAGCCUAUGCUCCGACCGCAGCCACUGUUGCCGUAGCGAGGCCUGCGCCUGUUGCCGUAGCAGCUGCGGCUACUGCUGCUGCUUAUGGAGGAUACCAGCCAACACACGCUGCCACCGACUAUGGCUAUGCUCAGCGCCAGCCUGAAGUCCCUCCACCACCCCCACCCGUCACCUCACAGAACUACCAGGACUCGUACUCAUAUGUCCGCUCCACAGCUCCUGCUGUAGCCUAUGACAGUAAACAGUACUACCAGCAGCCCACUGCCACAGCGGCUGUUGCUGCUGCACAGCCACAACCCAAUGUGGCAGAGUCCUACUACCAGACAGCUCCUAAACCAGGAUACAGUCAGGGUGUAACAUCGUACACGCAGAGCCAGCAGACUCGACAAGUGACUGUGAUAAAACCAGCAGCUCCCAGUCCAGCCUCCUCCACCUUCUCCAUAUACCCAGUGACCUCCACGGUCCAGCCUGUGGCCGCUGCCGCCUCUGUGGUCCCGUCUUACUCCCAGAGCCCAACGUACAGCACCAACGCUGUCACUUACUCUGGAACGUCAUACUCGGGCUAUGAGGCAGCGGUUUACUCUGCGGCCUCCAGUUACUACCAGCAGCAGCAGCAACAGAAACAGGCUGUGGCAGCGGUAGCAGCUACAGCAGCAUGGACAGGAAACACCUUCACCAAAAAACCCCCCUUCCAGAAUAAACAGCUCCGACCAAAACAGCCCCCCAAACCCCCUCAGAUCCACUACUGUGACGUCUGUAAGAUCAGCUGUGCCGGCCCACAGACUUAUAAAGAACAUCUCGAAGGUCAGAAGCACAAGAAGAAGGAGGCAGCUCUCAAAGUUUCUCAGAGCAGCACCAGCAGCGGCAGCAGUGGAGGAGUUUUGGCUCGAAAUGCUCAGAAUCAGCUUCGCUGUGAACUCUGCGAUGUUUCCUGCACCGGUGCUGACGCCUACGCUGCACAUAUCCGAGGAGCCAAACACCAGAAGGUUGUGAAGCUUCACACUAAACUUGGAAAGCCAAUUCCCUCCACUGAGCCCAGUAUGGUCACUCAGUCAUCGUCCUCCACCACAGCUGCCCCCAAUAAGACCACCACAGCUCCCCUGAACAGUUCCAGCACCUCCAGCUCUUUGGGGGGAUCCGCCUCUUCCUCCACCGCUUCCGCCUCCAGCGCCCCCUACCUGAAACCUGUUAACAUCGUCAGCAGUGGUGUUGGUGGAGUCAAGAAUCCGUUAACCAGCAGCCUCUCUGCUGCCAGCUCCGCUUCAGCUGGGAAGAAAGUCAACACCCCAAAGAUCAACUUUGUUGGUGGAAAUAAACUCCAGUCCACAGUGAAGAUGGAGGAGGGCAGAGUGGAGGCAAAGCUAGAUUCUGCUAAACCUGCAACACCCUCUUCAGGUCUGUCGGAGCAAAAGACUGACAUAUCAGAUUCUUUGUCCUCAUCGGCCCUUGCUGCUCUUCAGAGUGACGUCCAGCCUGUCGGUCAUGACUAUGUGGAGGAGGUACGAAAUGAUGAAGGCAAAGUUAUCCGCUUCCACUGCAAGCUGUGUGAAUGUAGUUUCAAUGAUCCAAAUGCAAAAGAAAUGCAUCUAAAAGGGAGAAGACAUCGCCUGCAGUACAAGAAAAAGGUUAACCCCGAGCUGCAGGUGGAGGUCAAGCCGAGCAUUCGAGCACGUAAGAUUCAGGAGGAGAAGAUGAGGAAGCAAAUGCAGAAAGAGGAGUACUGGAGAAGAAGAGAGGAGGAGGAGCGUUGGAGAAUGGAGAUGCGGCGUUAUGAAGAAGACAUGUACUGGAGGCGUAUGGAGGAGGAGCAUCAUUGGGAUGAUCGACGUCGCCUUCCAGACGGAGGGUAUCCACAGGGACCUCCUGGUCUACUGGGAGUCCGGCCUGGCAUGCCUGGCAUGCAGCCACAGGGUCCUGUGCCUCCUCGUCGGCCUGAUUCUUCAGAUGAUCGUUACGUCAUGACCAAACACGCAGCCAUCUACCCCUCAGAGGAUGAGCUCCAGUCCAUUCAGAAGAUCGUGUCGAUCACAGAACGGGCUCUCAAGCUUGUCUCUGACAUUAUAACAGACCAGGACAAGGGCAAGGAGGAGGACAAAGAGAAAAAAGAACCUGCCAAAGACAGGGCACUGAAGGGUGUGAUGAGGGUUGGAGUCCUGGCUAAAGGCCUGCUACUUCGUGGGGAUAAGAACGUAAACCUGGUCCUGCUGUGCUCUGAGAAACCCACCAAGAGCCUCCUGACCCGCAUCCUGGAGCACCUCCCCAAACAGCUAACAAUUGUAACACCAGAGAAAUACGAGGUGAAGGGAUCUAUCCAGGAAGCGGCAAUUAUUCUGACUUCCUGUACCGAGCCAAAGAUGCAAGUGACGAUCACGCUGACCUCGCCCAUCAUCAGAGAGGAGACAGGCCGGGACGGAGAUGUAACCUCGGGUAUGGUGAAAGACCCAGCGGACGUCUUGGACAGGCAAAAAUGCCUUGACGCUCUGGCUGCUCUGCGCCACGCUAAGUGGUUCCAGGCUAGAGCCAACGGACUUCAGUCCUGUGUGAUCAUCAUCCGCAUCCUGAGAGACCUCUGUCAGAGAGUCCCCACCUGGUCCCCCUUCCCUGGAUGGGCCAUGGAGCUUCUGGUAGAGAAGGCCAUCAGUAGUGCCUCGGCCCCCCUCAGCCCCGGUGAUGGACUGAGACGUAUCUUUGAAUGUAUUUCAUCUGGGAUUUUACUCCCUGGUGGGCCGGGAUUGGUGGAUCCCUGUGAGAAGAAGCCGGUAGAUACUCUGACAACGAUGGGAGAGCAGCAGAGAGAGGACAUCACCUCGAGCGCUCAGUUCGCUCUGAGGCUGCUGGCCUUCCGUCAGAUCCACAAAGUUUUGGGGAUGGACCCUCUGCCGCAGACCAACCCACGCUUUAACGUCCACACCAGCCGCAAGCGUCGCCGCGACAACAGCGAUGGGACAGACAGCUUUGAGGGCGAAGGCAAAAAGGACAAGAAGGAUUAUGAAACCUUCUAAGCUCGUCUUCACUAAUUUAAAGUAACCAGAGUAUAAACAAUACUAACAUGUUGUAAACAGCGUCUCUGUGUGCAGGCUGAGCUCCAGUCACAUUUUUGUUUCUCUCCCUCAGAUGAAACACACACACGCACACACGCACACACACACACACACACACGCACACACACACGUCAGCCUGUGUUCAUUUUAGUUGUAGAUUUCUAAAAGCUGAGCGUCACUCCUUUCUGUUAGAAGUCCAAAACAGAUGUUACCUGAUGUGAUGCGGACAGCUGCUGCUCCCCUCUGAGCCGUGUGUUUGAUUUUUAGUCGUUUUUAGAGGAAGGAGGACCUUAUAGGAUCAAAACCAGAGCCCGACUCUGAGCAUCGUGGAACAUAAAUGGUUCAUGUUGAUGCCUUCAUUCAUCUGUAGCGCUGCAUCCAGAGCUGGAAUGUGUUGUUUUGUUUCUUUUUAAUAUGAAUAACUGUGCUUAAAGCAAGUGAUGUUUGAUGGUGUGGUCUUGUUCUGUAUCAACGCUAAGCUAACUCUAAAGAUUUAAAAAAGACCUGUGAGCCAUCGCACAAACAUUCAGAAGAACUUUAACUGUGGAUAGACUUUUUGUUUAGUAGUGAAGCUGUCGGCUCUAAAUGUAGUUUUGUCUCCUCAUUUUCUUUUAAGUAUUUGUAUAAUCUUUACAUAGAUGAAGAUGCUUUGGUUUGCCCUGUUCACACUGAGUAACGUUAUGGCUUUCCUUGUGAAAAAGGAACUUGAUCGGCCUGCUUGCCUGAUAACUUUGUUAGUUGCUAAAUGAAGUUUUAAUACUGGAAAAAGAUUAAUGUCAUGACUUGAAAAAAGGGGGCGAGUAGAGUACAGAAGAGGGAAAAAUUAAAGAAAAAACAACCAUGAUAAGUCUUGUUAAGCCUGAACUCUCCUGGAGAGAUAAAUAUUCUUAAUGCGUUUAAUAAUUUGAUGUUUUGUUGACAGUGGUGGAAAAAAUCAAGUCUUGUAUAAUUCCAACUGCCCCCCCCCCCCCCCCUCUGCCCCCCAAACUAAUUUUCAGCUGGGUUCAGGUCUUUUAGACUUGUAGACUCUGUCCUGUAGUGUGAGGGUUCAGGGUGUCAAGACACCAGAUAUUUAAACCUCUCCUCCACCUUUAUUUGAAGAAGAUGUAGUUCUUUAGUUUUGUUUCUAUCGAUCAAUGAAAAAACUGAUUAUAUAAUUUUAAAACACCAGAUAUCUGAAAAGUAACUAAAUUGACAACCUUAGUUCAGCGCUGACAGAUUGUUAAACCAUCAGGAGCAUGGGGGCUCCGAUGCAGACUUGUCAAACUUAAAUUGCUCUCUGUCCAUGAAUCUGCAGACUUUUCUGUAGGACAUGCACUCAGAAUUUAAAUAGGCGACCUUUUGAACGUUGUUGUCCAGCUUCCAAGAAAUGUAAACAAAGCUAGAAUCAACGGUUUUAGGAAAGAGUUAUCUCCAAACCCUGCCAGAAGAACAGACACAGGACCCUUCAUUACUGUGAGGAGGCUCAUCAUUCAGGUUUCUCCUUUAAUUCUUCUCCCGUCUGUAUUCACCCUUCUGUGUCUGUCCUCUUGUGAAUGCUUGCUGUGCUCUGCACUCUGCUUUACCUAUUCCAGUAGAAGAAUAAAUACAUUUCCAGAUCAA